AUGGCCGCCAAUUCAGACCCCAAGACCCAGCAAGAAGCCUCCUCGUCCACCGAAAACUCCACCACCAACGCCGACUCCUCCCCUCUCGCCCUCCCACCUGCCGAAGAGGACGCGCAGAAACUCGACGUCUCCGGCUCCGGCAGCUCCGUCAAGCUCGACCACCUGGGCCCGUUGGUGGUGAAUCGCGAUGGAACGCUCAGCCGGAUUGCGAACUGGGAUAAAAUGACGGAGAUCGAGAAGAAGAAUACCCUGCGUAUUCUGGGGAAGAGGAAUCAGUUGAGGAGGGACGCGCUCAAUGCGGCGAAUAAUGAAGGGGAGAAGGCUGAAUAA